AUGUCAACACUCCUUCGCCGUACAAAGACAGCUCUCGAAAAGCUUGCCCCGCUAUCUCUUGCAGAGCCCUGGGAUAAUGUUGGCGUGCUCGUCGACCCGCCAUAUCCGCGUCCAUCUGCAUCAAAAGUUUUCCUGACGAUAGACUUUACUGAAGCAGUCGCUGAAGAGGCCCUGGGAGAUGAAAAAGUGGGUGUGGUCGUGGCAUAUCAUCCACCUAUAUUCAGACCGUGGAAACGGUUGGAGAUGGCCGACGUGAAACAAAGAAUUAUGAUGAAGUGUAUAGCUAAAGGUCUUGGAAUCUAUAGUCCGCAUACAGCCGUUGAUGCUUGUUCUGGUGGAGUGAAUGAUUGGCUGUCUUCAGCAUUGGGGUUUCCAGGUGUUCUUAAGCCAAUAGUUCCUGCGUCAAAUAUUCCAGAAGGGCAAGAAACAGUUGGAAGUGGAAGAAUAAUGACAUUUCAUAAACCUGUAUCAUUGGAUCUCAUCAUAAAAGAAGUAAAGCAACGUCUUGACUUGAAAUAUGUUAGAGUUGCGAGAGCCUUGCGUCAUAAAGAACCAUCAUCGCAAAAUAUAUCAACGGUUGGGAUAUGCGCAGGCUCUGGUGCUUCCGUUCUUUCUCCUAUUAAAGUAGAUCUCUAUUUCACCGGAGAAUUGUCACAUCACGAAGUUCUUGCUGCACUGGCACAAGACACCAGCGAUCAUUCUAGCAUAGUUGUUGACCGAUUUCUAUCAGGUGAGCAUUCAAAUACAGAGCGAGGUUAUCUUACCAAGGUACUGAAACCGCACUUGGAGAAACUGUUGCGCGAAGAUGGGGACGAUGAAGCUGUUGAAGUUGUUGUAAGCAGCAUAGAUAGAGAUCCUUUGGAUAUCGUUUGA